CCAAACUUCACAUUCACAUCGUCUAAUUUUCACUUUCUUCUUCAAUUCAAUUCAAUUCAAUUCAAUUCAAUUCAUGGGGCGAUUGUUUCAAGUUACGUUAGAGGGUAAAAUCUACAGUUGCAGACACUGCAAAACCCAUCUCGCACUUUCCGAUGAUAUUGUUUCAAAGGCCUUUCAGUGCAAGCAUGGAAAGGCUUAUCUCUUUAGUAAGGUAGUAAAUGUGACCGUUGGCGUAAAGGAAGAUAGACUAAUGAUGACUGGACUGCACACAGUUGCUGAUAUUUUCUGCGUCAAAUGUGGAUCGAUCGUUGGAUGGACAUAUGAAACGGCACAUGAUGAGGCCCAAAAGUACAAGGAAGGGAAAUCAGUCCUAGAACGGUGUAAGCUCGACGCACCGGAUGGAACCAAUUAUUGGGUUAGUCAUGAAGCGCAUAUUGGUGGAAGCGAUCCGGACGAUGUUUAAUAAACGAAUGAUGAUUAACAUGCAUGUACAUUCUACAACCUUUUCUCCAUAUGUCGUUAUUACUUCAAACUACCAUUUAGAAAAAUGUAUCUCAUAAUCCAUUUGAUGGAACAAAAAAUUUAGGGAAUGUUGAUCAAUCAUGAACCUCUUGUAAGAAGUUUCGGUCACAUGAUUCGACAUAUCAUUAUGCACUAUAAUAUGGUAUAUUGUGUA